GCGGCCAUUAGCAUUUUACUGAGGGUGUAGUUUGUGAGUGGCACUCGGGAACCGCGUUGGUUGCAGGAGGAGGAGGCGGUGGCAGAGGUAGCGGUGAGGGAAGAAGGGAGAGGGGUGUCUGUGCCGAGCAGCUUAGUUCGCUUAGAUAUCAGUGCUGCCGCCGAGGCUGUUAUGGUGGAUGUUUUCAUGUUGCUUGGUGCAUAAUUCAGAGGAGAGGAGGAGUUGGAAGCGGCGACUAUUAGAGACAGAGAACGGGGGAUCUGUACUGCCGAGACUCCCCUCUCUUUCUCCUUGUCCGUGUGUGGCAUUGAGGUAGCACCCUGCGCUUGCUCUGCAGUGCCCGGGUGGGGGCUCUCAGGCAGAGAGCGUCUGUGUCCCCUGGGCCUGGUGCUCUGGUGGGGUGUGUGCGCGCGCGUUUUCAGGGUGGGGGGUUGUGUCCGAACCAGUUAGGAAGAAUGACUUUGGAGUCCAUCAUGGCGUGCUGCCUGAGCGAGGAAGCCAAGGAAGCCCGGCGGAUCAACGACGAGAUCGAGCGGCAGCUGCGCCGGGACAAGCGGGACGCCCGUCGGGAACUGAAGCUGCUGCUGCUGGUGAACAGCUUGUGGACUUCUACUGAACAAAAAGCCACAAAACAUUUCAAGAGAGCAGAACUAUGAAGAAACUUUGAGAGAAAGGAGAUGACUUUUUGAAAGACUAUGGAAAUGGUGUUAGACAAAAAGCAUAUUCAAGCAAUUUUCUUAUUCGAGUUCAAAAUGGGUCGUAAAGCAGUGGAGACAACUCACAACACCAACAACGCAUUUGGCCCAGGAACUGCUAACGAACGCACAGUGCAGUGGCGGUUCAAGAAGUUUUGCAAAGGAGACGAGAGCCUUGAAGAUGAGGAGCGUAGUGGCCGGCCAUCAGAAGUUGACAAGGAACAACUGAGAGCUAUCGUCGAAGCUGACCCUCUCACAACUACACGAGAAGUUGCCGAAGAACUCAACAUUGACCAUUCCAUGGUUGUUUGGCAUUUGAUGCAACUUGGAAAGGAGAAAAAGCUCGAUAAGUGGGUGCCUCAUGAGCUGGCCAAAAAUCAAGAAAAUUGUCAGUUUGAAGUGUCGUCUUGUCUUGUUCUGCGCAACAACAAUGAACCAUUUCUCGAUCGGAUUGUGACGUGCAAGGAAAAGUGGAUUGUAUACGACAACCUGUGAUGACCAGCUCAGUGGUUGGACCGAGAAGAACCUCCAAAGCACUUCCCAAAGCCAAACUUGCACCAAAAAAGGUCAUGGUCACUGUUUGGUGGUCUGCUGCCAGUCUGAUCGACGCCAGCUUUCGGAAUCCCGGCGAAACCAUUACAUCUCAGAAGUAUGCUCAGGAAAUCGAUGAGAUGCACCAAAAACUGUAACGCCUGUAGACAGCAUUGGUCAACAGAAAGGGCCCAAUUCUUCUCCACGACCAAUGCCUGACCGCACGUCGCACAUCCAACGUUUCCAAUGUUGAAUGCAUUGGGCUACGAAGAUUUGCCUCAUCUGCCACAUUCACCUGACCUCUCGCCAACCGACUGCCACUUCUUCAAGCAUCUUGGCAACUUUUUGCAGGGAAAAGGCUUCCACAACCAGCAAGAUGCAGAAAAUGCUUUCCAAGAGUUCAUUGAAUUCCGAAGCACGGAUUUUUAUGCUACAGGAAUAAACAAACUUAUUUCUUGUUGGCAAAAAUGUGUUGAUUAUAAUGGUUCGUAUUUUGAUUAAUGAAGAUGUGUUUGAGCCUAGUUACAAUGAUUUAAAAUUCAUGGUCCAAAGCAGCAAUUACUUUUACACCAACUUAAUAUGUUUAUGGUAUGCUCAAGAUGUAUUCUCUUUGGAAACCAAUAAGGAUAUGCAGUGCGUAACAAAUAUUGUAGGGUAUAUUAUUUUAAAAUUUACAUGAGCCAUGAGGAUCCAAGUUGGUGAAAGGUUUUGGUUGCAAGACCUUGGACUUGUUUUUUUGUUGUGUUUUUUGUUGUUGUUGUUGUUUAUGAUUUGAUUGAAGUAAAAAUUACUUUAUCAUUUUAGCACAGGUGUUACAUUUGAGCCUUGAAAGCAUCCUUCUCUCUUUUGGGUGUAGUGCUGAGGAAAUGGAAGUUAUGCAUAAUGGAAACUAUAAGACAGACAUGUAAAUACUGAUAUUUAAUAUAUAUUAGCUUUAUUUUUCUAACAUAAGUUGAUAAUACUAGUAAGUUGAUUUUGUCUAAUUAUGUAUUCAUAAACAGCUAUCAUGUUGUUAUCUUAAUAGCACAAAGGAUGCAGAGUGUUCUGAAGCGCAACCAACCAAAAAGCAGAAGAGUCAUAGAGGAUAGUUUUUAGUAUCUUCCCCAAGAGUACAUUAUAUAGCACAAUGAGAUCUCAAAUAGCUGCAUGGGAGAAACAUUCUUAACCCAUCAUGUAAGAAGUAUCAGCUUGAUCUGCAUUUAUGUUUUGUACCAUCUAAACCUAUAUGAUAAUGUUCUUUCUUUAACACAACUAAACAACAUACAAAAAGGUUCUAAACUAAAGAAUUGGUUACCAGUGGGUUAAGGUAUGUGAUUCUCUCCCUCUGCUCUGGUGAAACCCAUCCUGUAGUACUGCAUUCAGCUCUGGGGUCCCCAGCACAAGGAAGACACAGACCUGUAAUUCUUUACUAUGAGAAUGGUGAGACAUUGGAACAGGCUUCACAGAGAAGUUGUGGAUGCCCGCUCUCUGGAAAUGUUCAAGGCCAUGUUGGAUGGAACUUUAAACAACCUUUUAUGGCAGAAGAUGUCCUUGCAGGACAACCCCCUUCAGGGGGGUUGGACAGAAUGAUCUCUGAAUGUCCCUUGCAACCUAAACCAUUCUAUGAUUCUAUUUGUGUUUGGUUAUUAUAGGGAAAAGUAAUUAUUUUCAGAAGGAACGUUCCAUGAUAUCUCAUCUAAAGCCUAGAAUUUGAGUUGAAAAUCUCUUUUGGAAACAGUGGCCAGCCAUUUCUGAGGGGAAAAAAAAACCACAUGAAAGCACUAAGAAGCACUAGCUGUUCUUAGUCUCUCAUUUAGGAUAGUGAUAUUUAAUAGUAUAAAAAAUGCUGUUUGACAUAAAUAUUGCACUAUAACAGAAGUAUAACUAUUCCUAUGUCUUCUGUUUUCAGUAAAGAGAUGUUUAUGCUGGUAUCAGUAUGAUAAAACAGGUCAUUUUGAAAGCAUUAAGUGGGGCGCAUUAAGUGCAGUAUAGCUAAUCUGUCUAAAGAAGUGAUUGUCCUACUAUGCUCAGGAUUGGUACAGCUUCACCUUGAGUACAGUGUGUAGUUAUGGGUUCCAGAAUAUAAAAAGGACAUCAAACUAUUAGAAUGUGUCGAAAGGAGGGCAACAAAGAUUGUGAAAGGACUCAAGGGCAUGAUUUAUGGGGAGUGGCUGACAAUACCAAGGCUUACUCAGCUUAGAGGACACUGAGGGGGGACCUCAUUGCUAAAUGUCUACAAUUUACUCAAAAGGGGCAGCGGAGGGGGAGAUGCUGAUCUGUUCUCCUCUCCCUCUGCUCUGCCCUGGGGAGACCACACCUGGAAUAUUGUGUCCAGUUGUGGCCCCUCAGUUCCAGCAGGACAGGGAACUGCUGGAGAGAGUCCAGCGCAGCCACCAAGAUGCUGAAGGGAGUGGAGCAUCUCCCGUGUGAGGAAAGGCUGAGGGAGCUGGGGCUCUGGAGCUGGACAAGAGGAGACUGAGGGGGGACUCAUUAAUGUUUACAGAUAUAUAAAGGGUGAGUGUCAGGAGGAUGAAGCCAGGCUCUUCUGGUGACAACCAACGGUAGGACAAGGGGUAAUGGGUUCUAACUGGAACACAAGAGGUUCCACUUAAAUUUGAGCAGAAUCUGGUUGGGGGUGAGGGUGGCAGAGCCUGGCCCAGGCUGCCCAGGGAGGUUGUGGAGCCUCCUUCUCUGCAAACAUUCCAACCCUUCUGGACACCUUCCUGUGUAACCUCAUCUGGGUGUUCCUGCUCCGGCAGGGGGAUUGGACUAGAUGAUCUUUUGAGGUCCCUUCCAAUCCCUAACAUUCUGUGAUUCUGUGAUUCUCUGUGGUUUCUGGUGGCAGGACAUGAGGGAAUGGCUUAAAACUGCAUCAGGGAAAGUUCAGAUUACAUAUUAGGAAAUACUUCUUCACUGAGAGGGUGGUCAAGAAAUGGAACAAGGUCUCCAAGGAAGUGGUUGUGGCCCCAAGCCUGUUGGUUUUCAAGAAGCAUUUGGACAAUGCUCUUAGGUAUAUGGUUUAAUGUUUAGGCUGCCCUGUGUGGAGUCAGGAGUUGUAUUCUAUGAUCCUCAUGGGUCCCUUCCAACUCAGGAUAUUCUGUGAUUCAAAGCAUAUUCUAUUUUACCAUUUUGUAGUUUCAUUUUUGCAGAAUGUGUGCCAGGAAAUAUAGUAGUAUAGUAAUGCAAUAAACAGGGCAUGAUGAUUGUGUAUAAGGGGUUACUGCUGCAUUUAAACAACUUGACUACCUUGCUCUGCUAUGAGUGUGAUAUCAAUGUUUUGAUCUUCUCAUAAUGCCAAUCAUGGGACUUUAGAAGGUAAAAAAUAUAUACAAAUAGUGAAAUCAAGGUUUGACUUCGGUACCGUAAUAGUUUUAAAACCCACUCUCCACAAGGAAUAAUGCUGUAAUCAUUGCAGCUUUGCUUAGCUAACCUUGGAUAUUCAUUAUUCCAAACUUUUCUUUGUCUUGUUGUAGUUAAUAACAUUCCUUGUUUUCUUCACAGUUUGUGGGGGAAGUAUCUGAGCAAAUGCCUAGGCAUGCGUUAUUUGGUGUUCUGCCACUACUAAGCAGCUUUUUUUUCGCCUAAAGAGGAUUUAUUUUUUACGGAAAUAUUUUAUUUCGUAGUUUAAAAAAAUACUUGAAACUUUGUGUGCUUUUCUUGUCAGUAACAGUAUAAAAAUAUUGACUUUCUUCCCCUUGAUCAUAAUCUAAGAGAAGGUAUUAAUGUGAAGAUUUCUUAAGUUCCUGUAUAUUUUGCUGAAAAUGACCAUAUUCACUUACAUAUAAUUUCAGUGCAAUCCCAUAAAUUUUAUUAUAUCUAUAAUUCAUAUUAUUUGAUUCUAUUUUAGUGCAUUCUGUGCUGGAAAUUUUCCAUUAUUUCCUUUUUCACCAGGAUUACUUUUCACACUUUGCCCCUGUACAUAGAAUUAUUUAAGUUGAAAAAGACCCUUAUGAUCAUCGAGUCCAACCGUAAACCUAACACUGCCAAGUCCACAACUAAACCAUGUCCCUAAGCGCCACAUCUACACAUCUUUUAAACACCUCCAGGGAUGAUGACUCAACCACUUCCCUGGGCAGCCUGUUUCAAUGCUUGACAACUCUUUCCUUGAAGAAAUUUUUCCUAAUAUGCAAUCUAAACCUCCCCUGGCGCAACUUGAGCCCUUUUCCUCUUGUCCUGUUGCUUGUUACUUGGGAAGAGACCAACACCCUCCAUGCUGAUACGAGCCAGGAUGUUGGUGGCCUUUUUGGCCACCUGGGCACAUGCUGCUCGUAUUCAACCAGCUGUCAAUCAACACCCCCAGGUCCUUUUCUGCCAGGCAGCUUUCUAGCCACUCUUCCCUGAGCCUGUAGUUGUAUAGGGUUGUUGUGACCCAAGUGCAGGACAUGUGACACUCUAUGCAGAUAAGGAGGACUAUGCAUGUUCUAUUCAUUGUUGCCACAACAUUAGUCUGUGAGAAGAAACAGGAUGGUUUAUUGAGCAUUGACCUAAGAAGGGACAGACUUGAGGAAGCACAUAAGCAGAGAGAAAUGACAUUUUUUUUAUGUAUGUAUGUGUAGUAUUAUACUUCUUUUGUUUGUGCAUACAUAUAUGAAAAAAGAGAUUGGAUCCAAUUCUGUUACCUUACAGACUUCCAGAAAAGCUAAAGAUAGGAAUAAAAAUCAUUUAAUUCAGCACCAGUGAAUCAUAAUCUUUGCAAAUUUUCACCUACCUUUAGAUCUCCAAAUAUAGUUUAUUAUCAGACUUAGGGUGAAAAAGCCUUAGUGCAGUGCCACCCAACUACAGCAUUACAAAGCUAAAAAAGCUAUAGACUCUAGGGGUUUACUUUCUUCUUUGGUUUGCUUAUAUAUAUUGCAAUUUUUAUAGAUUCACAAAGUGUAAAUAAUCAGAAAUAUUGUCUUCUGUAAUGUAAUUCAGAUGGCUUUAUCAGCAUGUUUUCUUUCCAGUUGUAUGAAAUUUUGAUUGCUACCUAAGCUCCAAAUAAAUAAUUCAAUGAAUUACAAGCUUCAAUUUUUAUUUUAUUUCAAAACAGAGUAGAUAAUACAAGCAUGUUUUUAUCAUCUCAGUGGCAAAAUUUGUAUUUUUUUUUUUUAAGAAAUAUGAAUUCCUUCUUAAAGAAGCAUUAUGUUGACCAAAAAAGGAAGUUACUUUGUAUUCCAAUGAUUUAGAGACAUUUGGUGCAAAUUAUUUUCUUAUGCACUAGUUAAAGCAAAAUUUUUUAUAAGUUAAUCAUGUCAAAAAGGCAUACCAUAUACUAUUCUGUGCUUUAUUGUUUCAUUAUUGUACUAAAUAUGUGAUGUAUGUCUUGCAGGAAAAAGUGAAAAAUAUUACAGAAUUAUUAAAUCAGUGUGUGAUAUGGUACUUUUUUUCGCUUCAUAUACAAGAACAUGACUCCAUUGCGUAGGUUUCAGAAAAAGGGAAAAACAGAUCUAAGGGUAGCCUGAAGCAUUUUUUUAAGAUGUAGUAGUUCUGCAUUGCCUAGGUUUGUAAUUUUAUAAACUCUUGAGAAAAAGUCAUGUUCUCUCCCCUCUGGUAGAUUACAUUCUGGUGACUAGUCAAUGCCCUACCACAGCACAGUCUGGGGCUCAUAGUGAAGGAAGAUUGUGGAAGCAGGCUUGGUCUAACUCUUCAACUUUGGAGAAGUUUCAUUGCAAUAACAGCCAUUUGUGUUUCCACAGACGAAGUAAAAUAGGUCUGUGUAUAACAUUGUGCUUGAUUUUCUGGUAACGUGUGUGUGAAGAAGACUUGUGUUAGAAAUUUGUUUUAUACACAUGGGAGGUGGGGCUGAAGGUUUCAAAACAAAGUCCACAGUGUCACAGUCUGUUUGGAUCUCAAAUUUUCAGGACAAAAUACUCUGUGAGUUAAACUUUAUUUCACUAUCUCAUUAAGAAAUACAACAAACAUGACGAACAGGGGCUCAGUCCCCUUUUCCCCAGACUAAUCUAUCACAUGAAUUCACUUAUUCACCAUUUAAGUCAUAAGGUUUCAUAACUUAUAACCCAUAACUCUUAAUAUCAUGCACCUCUGAGCAAAAGAAAAGAAUUAGUUACCUAGCUGACCCAUACCCUGUGUUACACCGGGAAGCAUGAGAGCCUCAGCAGUCCAACUGUUGUUGCAUCCACUUCAAAAGCUUUUUGGCUAAGCUAAUGUUUUGUACCUUCCAGCUUGGAGGUUUGGUCUAUAUCAUUUCCUUAAGUUGGCAGAUUCUGACUAAACUGCCCAGACAAAAGAUAAUGGCUGCAGGAGGCAUCAAUUUGCAGGUGAUAAUGACUAUAUAAUAGCCCUUUAGAGCUUUAUGGCUACCUGCCCUGCCUACAUAGUGCUCUGGUUUUGAUCUAAUGGCCUUGCUCCCAGCAUAUGUCAGGCCUUAAUAUGAGCUGUGUUAGCCAAAAAUCUAAGCAGGAGUUGAGUGAACAGUCACACAUAGUAAGGACAAAAGCUUUUAGAGGCUUCCAGGUUAGAUUUUGCAGUGUACUACCUCAGAAGUACUUACGGGUUGCCAGCAAAGCAUCAUACUUUAACCUUACAUUGCACUGCUUGUGAAAUACACUACUCUAAGACACCUAAAACGUCAUGUAAAGCAUAAGGCUUUCUUUGUCCUGGGAGCCAAAUAUUAGAACAGAAAUGAAACAUUAAACCUUUAUAAAAAGAUCAAAAUAAAAUUGAGACUGAAAGGCUAAAAAGCACUGCACGCAAGUAAAUGCAUUGCAUUUAUUAGGGGGCUAAAUAGGUGAACAUACAGCAUUCAUAUGGCUGUGCAACUACUUGUUCUAAAUUUCAAUUAUUUCUUCUAAAUUAUUCAUAUUAUUUGUUUGUUAGAUAAGCUCUCCUAAUCACAGAGGGACUAAAUCAGGCCAAAGGAAAAAAAGCUGAUCUUCCAGACAGAUGGGGAGGAAGCUGCAUCCCGCAGGCUGACGGGAGUGAAGAAAGAUUUCAAGGCCUUGGGACGGAUGGCACAGGAGAGAGUGGUAAAAGCACGUUUAUCAAACAGAUGAGAAUCAUUCAUGGAUCAGGUUACUCUGAUGAAGACAAAAGGGGCUUUACAAAAUUGGUGUACCAGAAUAUAUUUACAGCAAUGCAGGCCAUGAUCAGAGCCAUGGAUACCCUCAAAAUCCCAUACAAGUAUGAACAUAAUAAGGCUCAUGCACAGUUAGUUCGAGAAGUCGAUGUAGAGAAGGUGUCAACUUUUGAGAACCCCUAUGUAGAUGCAAUAAGAAGUUUAUGGAAUGACCCUGGAAUCCAGGAAUGUUAUGAUAGACGACGAGAAUAUCAGUUAUCAGAUUCAACUAAAUAUUACCUUAAUGACUUGGACCGCAUAGCAGAUUCAGCCUAUUUGCCAACUCAGCAAGAUGUGCUUAGAGUUCGAGUCCCGACAACAGGGAUCAUUGAAUAUCCAUUCGACUUACAAAGCGUCAUUUUCAGAAUGGUGGAUGUAGGAGGCCAGCGAUCUGAAAGAAGAAAAUGGAUACACUGCUUUGAAAAUGUCACCUCUAUCAUGUUCCUAGUAGCUCUUAGUGAAUAUGAUCAAGUGCUUGUGGAGUCAGACAAUGAGAAUCGAAUGGAAGAAAGUAAAGCACUCUUUAGGACAAUUAUCACAUAUCCAUGGUUCCAGAAUUCUUCGGUCAUUCUUUUCUUAAAUAAAAAAGAUCUCUUAGAGGAGAAAAUUAUGUGCUCCCAUUUAGUUGAUUAUUUCCCUGAGUAUGAUGGACCGCAACGGGAUGCACAAGCAGCACGAGAGUUCAUCUUGAAGAUGUUUGUAGACCUGAAUCCAGAUAGUGAAAAAAUUAUCUACUCCCACUUCACAUGUGCUACAGACACAGAGAAUAUACGCUUCGUCUUUGCUGCUGUCAAGGACACAAUCCUACAGUUAAACCUGAAGGAGUACAAUCUGGUCUAACUGUGCCUAGGAGGCCCUCCAAGACCACCUUCACAUGAUUGAAGAUACACAAGAGGGACUGUAUCAUCUGUGAAAAAAAAUGCAUAAUACUAAUUUAUUGCUGGCUUUGACUCUGUGAAUGUCCACAGAGUUUUUAGUUAAUAUUGUGAUUUUAUUUAAACUGUAUGGAGAAAAAACAAAAGAUGCUGAAGUACAUUCACAGUACAUUUCCUUAUUUUGUAGUCAAAACCUUGUGACUCAGUGGGGUUUAAAUUUUUAGUCACAUACUCACAAAAGAUAAGUUUUUUGCUACUGAAGCAAAAUCAAUCUGGAUUCCUCUUUCUCUCUCCUCCUUCCUCCCAUUCCCUUAUGUUUUUAAAGAUACAGUGGACAUUUUCUCAGUUGCAUUCCUUGGUAUAAUAUUUUCUGUUGAGUGAUUUGGUCAGGAAAAAUGUUAUCAUCAGAACUGAAGUUAUCAGUCAUCACAAUUUUACAGAAUGUACUUUCUCUAAAGGAUCAAAAGCACUGAUAGAGUGAUUUUUAGAUUCUUGACAUGGGUGUUUUCAUUCUGUCUUCACUUCUGAGGUUAGAAUAUUGGGGUUGCAAAAUAGUAAUAUUUGUGUAUGGAUUUAGAAUUUAACCAUAUUUUCACAGUUCAGAAAGAUUCAUAGAAGACAGUAAUGAAAUAAUUAAAGACAAACCUGGGAUGUUCAUGGAAUAUGAUAGAAUAUUUUUUUUAAUUGCCAUGUGCCAUUAUUUUAUCUUUUCUGUAUUCACAAAUGCCAAACAGAAAUGUCAUGGACAUUACAUUUUCCGAGUGGCUACAGCCUGAAACAGUGGUGGAUGAGGGAUUUUUUUUUUAGGUGUGCAUUUUUUCUUAAUUUAGAGCUUUUUUAAAGUGUGUUUUUCCGCAGUAGAAAAAAUGUCUUGCCAAAUCUGGCUUUUUAUAAAAUCAAUACUUUUGAACCAUAAGAUACUGAUUGAAAUGCCAAACUGAUGGAUUGGGAACUGACCUGACUGAGUCAACUGCAAAUGAUAAACCAGCAUAGUUUCAGUCAUAUGUUCCCUUUUUAAAAAAGUAUUCCAUUUUCUAAUAUCAAAAACAACAGUGUGAGAGAAUAUGCUACUAGGUAUACAUGUAAAGAAGACAGUUCAGCUCUCUCCUUAUGUCAGAGAUGGCAGGAGAUAGCAUACAAUGUUUUCUGUAAUAAUAUCAUAGAAUCAUAAAAACGUUUGGGUUGGAAGGGACCUUCAAAGCUCAUCUAGUCAAACCCUCUGCAAUGUAUCCUCAACUAGAUCAGGUUGCUCAGAGCCCCGUCUAGCCUGACCUUGAAAGUCUCCAGGGGAUGGGCAUCUACCAACUCUCUGGGCAACCUGUUCCAGUAUUUUGCCACCCUCAUUGUAAAAAAUUUCUUCCUCGUGUCUAGCCUGAAUCUCUCCUCCUUUAGUUUAAAACCAUUACCCCUUGUCUUAUCGUAACAGGCCCUGCUAAAAAGUCUGUCCCCAUCCUUCUUGUAGGCCCCUUUUAAAUACUGAAAGACUGCAAUAAAGUCUCCCCGGAGCUUCUCUUCUCCAGGCUGAACAACCCCAACUCUGUCAGCCUGUCCUCAUAGGAGAGGUGUUCCAGCCCUCUGAUCAUCUUGGUGGUCCUCCUCUGGACCCUCUCCAGCAGGUCCAGUUCUUUCCUGUACUGAGGGCUCCAGAGCUGGAGUCAGUACUCCAGGUGGGGUCUCACCAGAGCAGAGUGGAGGGACAGAAUCACCUCCCUCAUGUCCAGGCUUUCAUCCAUCAGUAUCCCCAAGUCAUUCUGUGCAGGGCUACUCUCAAUCCCUUCUUUCCCCAGACUGUACUGAUACCGGGGGUUGCCCUGACCCGGGCACAGGACCUUGCACUUGGCCUUGUUGAACCUCAUGAGGUUCCCAUGGGCCCGAUUCUCAAGCUUGUCCAGGUCCCUCUGAAUGGCAUCUUGUCCCUCAGGCGUGUCAGCUACACCACUCAGUUUGGUGUAAUCCACAAACUUACAGAGGGUGCACUCGAUCCCUGUGUCUACAUAAUUGAUGAAGAUAUUAAACAGUACUGGUCUCAGUAUGGACCCCUGAGGGACACCACUUGUUACUGGUGUCUGUCCAGACAUUGUGCCAUUGACCACUACACUCUGGGUGCGACCAUCCAGCCAGUUCCUUAUCCACCGAACAGUCCACCCAUCAAAUCCAUAUCUCUCCAAAUUAGAGAGAAGGAUGUUGUGGGGAACUGUUUCAAAGGCUUUACAGGAGUCCAGAAAUUUGUAGCCCUUCCUUUGUCCAGUGAUGUAGUUACUCCAGAGUAGAAGGCUACUAAGUUGGUCAGGCAGCUCUUGCCCUUGGUGAAGCCAUGCUGGCUGUCUGGAAUCACCUCCCUGUCCUCCAUGUGCCUUAGCACAGCUUCUGGGAGGAUCUGUUCCAUGAUCUUCCCAAGCACAGAGGUGAGGCUGUUUCCCUUUACCCAGUCACCAAGGCCUUCACCUGACUGCCAUGACUUCACAAAUAUCAUGGAGAGCGACUUGGCAACUACAGCAGCCAAUUCCCUCAGGACUCUGGGAUGCAUCUCAUCAGGUCCCAUAGAUUUAUGUACGUUCAGGUUCCUCAAGUGGUCACAAACAUGGUCCUCACAUUCAGUGGGAGCCACUUUGUUCCCCUAGUCUCUGUCUUGCAGUUCAUUCACUCAAGAGCUCUGUGAAGGGAGGUUGCCAGAGAAGACUGAGGCAAAGAAGUUGUUGAGUACCUCAACCUUCUCUUUGUCUGUUGUUACCACUUUGCCAGUCUUGGUCAUCGGGGGGGCAUGCUUUCUUUGUCCUUCCUUUUCUAGUUGUCAUAACUGUAGAAGCCCUUCUUGUUAUUCUUUUCAUCCCUUGCCAAAUUCAGCUCUAGCUGCACCUUGGCCUUCCUGACCCCAUCUCUGUACAACCUGGCAGUGUCUUUAUACUCUUCCCAGGGUACCCGUCCCUGCUUCCACUGCCUGUGGAUUUCCUUCUUGCCCUUUAGUUUUACUAGCAGGGCUUUUCUCGCCAUGUCAGCCUCUUGCCUUCCUUACCCAGUUUCUUACACUUGGGGACUGAGAGCUCUUGUGCUGUAUGGCAAAUGUCCUUAAAGAUCUUCCUGCUCUGUUCUGCUCCCUCAUCCCUGAGGGCAGUUUCCCAGGGGAUCCUGUUGACUAACUCCUUAAAGAGCUGGAAGUUGGCUUUCCUAAAAUUUAGGGUCCCAACUUGACACUUCGCCUGCCCCACAUCCCUCAGGACUGCGAACGCCACAGGCACAUAAUCACUUCAGCCCAGGCUGCCUCCAAUCUUGGCGUCACCAAUUAGCUCACUUGCAUUGGUGACCAUCAGGUCCAGUAUCGCAUCCUCCCUGGUAGGGCUGCCUAUUACCUGGCUUAGGAAGUUAUGCUCAAUGCACUCCAGGAGUCUCCCGAAUUGCUUACUGCUCACCAUGCUUCUUUUGCAGUAGAUGUUGGGGUGGUUCAAGUCCCCCAUCAAGACGAGAGCCUGUGAGCGCGAUGCCUCCUGUAGCUGGAGUAAUAAGGCUUCAUCAAUAGUCUCCCCCUGAUUGGGUGGCCUGUAGCAGACACUAACCACAAGGUUUCCUUUGUUGCCUCGGUCUCUGAUUCUUACCCAUAUGCUUUCAACCUGCUUGUGGCUAUUCUUCACGCUCUAUCUACCUCGAUGAAGAGGACAACCCCUCCACUCUUCCUUCCUUACCUGCCCUUUCUGAACAGCCUGCAGCCAUCAAUCACCGCACUCCAGUCAUGGGAUCUGUCCCACCAAGUUUCAGUAAUAGCCACUAGGUCGUAGCCUUCUAGCAGCACGGUGGCUUCCAACUCAUCCUGUUUGUUGCCCAUGCUGCGUGCAUUGGUGUAGAGGCACUUCAGCUGGGCUGUCAGCUGCGUCACCUUCUUAGAGGAACUCCCCUUAAUUCACAGUAUCACAGUAUGUUUGGGAUUGGAAGGGACCUCAAAAGAUCAUCUAGUCCAAUCCCCCUGCUGGAGCAGGAACACCUAGGUGAGGUCGCACAGGAACAUGUCCAGGCGGGUUUGAAUGUCUCCAGAGAAGGAGACUCCACAACCCCCCUGGGCAGCCUGUUCCAGUGCUGUCACUCUCACUGAGAAGAAGUUUUUUCUCAAAGUGGAACCUCUUGUGUUCCAGCUUGAUCCCAUUACCCCUUGUUCUAUCAUUGUUUGCCACCGAGAAGAGCCUGGCUCUGUCCUCGUGGCACUCACCCUUUAUAUAUUUAUAAGCAUUAAUAAGGUCACCCCUCAGUCUCCUCUUCUCCAAACUUCCUCUGAAGUAUUUCACUGGUGUUUUCCUGUUGGCUUCUAUUACCUCAGGAGCCCCUGGUUCAUCUCCAUAAGAAUUUGAGUUUGCUCCAUUGUGGCUAACACGUCUCAGGUCCACUGGUCAAGGGGCCUCACUAGCACAUUGUCCUUCUAACCUUGGCGUCUCAUCCCACAGCUUGUCAUGGGUGAAUCUGAUAUUGUUCCCCUCCCCCAUCAUGUCUAGCUCUGUCAAUAAGGCCCCUAGCUCAUGAGCAAAGACUGUCCUCCCCCUUUGAGAAAGGUGAACCCUAUCCAAUGCCAGUAAAUUUGGUGCCGUGUAGGCCAUUCCAUUAUCAUAAAACCCAAAAUUGUGGUGGUGAUAACAGCCAUAGAGACAUGUAUUAAUACAGACUGGGUCUGUCUGUUUCUUUUAGUGUCACUGCCCACAACACAACCUUUUUACAGCAUGAAAUUAUUGAUGAGUGAUCACAUUCAGGAACUUUUUUGAUAAGGUUGCUUCUUAACCAAUUCACAGACAUUUGAUAGGCUUCAUGCAAAAAGCCUCUCAAUGUUCUUUAGAAAGAUUUAUUAACUUAAAUGAAACAGUCAGAAAAUCACUCUUGGAAUUUAAACCUGCAAAUUUUUAACAACAAAAAUGUAGUACACAUCGAUGAGCAGCUUAGGUUGAAAGGUUUUUUUGAUCACAUGCAUGAUUGCUAGUAAGCUACAGAGAACUCAGAGGUCAAACAUAAUUGGAUUGAUUAUCUACAAUGUCAAGUAGCACUAGAGUGCACAUAGCACAGAAAUUGCUGCCUCUCAGCAGCACAGGAAAGGUCAAAAAAGAAUGACUUAUUAGUUGAGUAACAAAGUUAACAAUAAAUACUAAUGAGAUGUUUUUGCUUCUUAACUCUCCCAAUUUGAAUACAACAAUAACAAGAACAGUUGCUAUUUUUUGCUCCUUAUAAUUGAAUACUGAUUUUAGGUAUAGUGCUAUUAUGAAUGCUAUAAUCAUUGUACAUACAUAUAUAUAUGGCAGCAUCCAUAUUGACUUUGUAAUCAUUAAUUUUUGACAAGUUGAAUGUGCCAUGUUGAUAUUUAUCUAUGUAAUUGUAUCGUAUGUCUUACAGCUAAUUUGCAUUUUAAAUAAUGUUAUUUUAUUUACUUUUUAAAGAGAAGAAUGUAAAUUUUGUCAGUUUAUUUCUGACUAGGGAUUUGUUUGUUUUAUUUUAAAAGCAAAAAAUCGUAUAGUACAGAGGGGUACUAGCAUCACGCUGUAUAAAAUCAUUUGUAUAUUCCUGAGCAAAAGUAAAUUGGAGACAUGCAGAGGACAUUAACAAUCAAAACAGUGCUUAAAUCUUGUCAGGGCGUUAUAGAGAUGUAGAAACCAUUUUUUUUGUUGAAAAAAUUUAUGCCAUUAUAUCUAGGAUUGGAACAUAAGCUCUUAAAUAUGAAUUUGUAUUUGGCAGAUUCAGUUUCAAUUAUUUUUGCCUUUCUAAUAGCCUUUAUUAGCAAAGUGAGUUUAGAGACAUUUCAAACUAUUGAACAUAAGCAUUAAUGUGUAUAUGGUAUUUCCCUAAAAAUAUCAUGAAAACAUACAGAACAUCAGAUCAGUUAAACAUUAUUUCAGAAAUUACAGAAACCUUAGAUCUAACAACAACAACGUUGCUAGUGUUAACAACUUUGAAGAGCUAAAUAAUUUUAUUUAUUAAAGCUAAAGCAGAUAGUUUUAGGUUAUAAAAAUUGACACUGGCAUUCUAAAUACGUGAUCAGAACAGUUAUUCUUGUUAUAUAUUUCAUUAAAGUAUUGGUCUUGAUCUUCCUUAUAAACAUAACAAAUCACAUAACAAAUCUUCUUUUUCCACUGUUGAGUGCAUGAUAAUACCCCUUCUUUUAACCUGGGAAUACAUUGGCUGCCUUGGAUUUAGUGAUAUAAAUAGAACUGUAGGGAAAGAGAGAAAAAAAAACAAAAAACAAAAAACAAAAAAACCACAAAAAACAGAAACAAAGAAAAACCAAACAAACAACAAACAUACACCAAAAAAACAGUGGUGUCUAAUGAAGGUUUGGGGUUUGUUUUGUUAUAGGAUAUUGGGGGGGGAAAUGGGGUUUUAAGCUUUGUAUAGAAACAAAACAAAAGUUUACUCAUGCUUUAUAGAUAUAUUGUGAUUGCAAAAUUCAAGUGUAUGUGCCACUGGCCUUCUGGUAUAUUUUAACUGAGUUGAACAUGUGGCAAUGUUUAGGUCAUUUGAGCAUAUUCUGAAGAAAAUAUAUAUUCAGCAUGCUAAUGCAAGCCUUAAAUGAAACACCUAACACAGCAUUGCAAUGUGACAGUGUUUACAAAAACAUUUCCUUUUUCAAUGUCAUAGUUGUUCCCACUUGCAAUAUAUUCCAUUACUGUUCUUGUUUUAAUUGUUGAUUUCUACUAUGCAUUAUAGUGUUUGAGUCCAGAAGUAUGUGCCACUAACAUGAAGCUGAAGGCAAAAACAAGACAGAAACCCUUUUAACUUUGCCAAAAUUAUGUGAUUUAAUUGAAUGCAUAAAUGGGAGAGGAGAAAAGGAAAACAUCUUGAGAACCUGUGUAUUCUAAGCAUUCACUAGUAAAAGAAAGCUGCAAGAAAGCUGCAGAAACCUUAAACUCGCUUUUUUUCACUAAGUGGCACUGUCCUGACAUCUAUAGGAUGAUGAAACUAUAAGGGCCGUUUACUUUUUAUUCAGACUCUUGAUUUUCAAGGUAUAUGAACUGUAAUUUUUAACUGUACUGCCACAUGAUUGUGAAACACUUUAAGUUUGAAAGUGGAAAAAAGACUUUAUGCUGGCUAUCAGUCAAAACUGACUGCACGAUUUGCAAAAACUUUAAGAAGGGGCAAAAGGGCUGCAUAUGAAGACAUUGCUAGACUUCAAGCUUUUUGUAAGAUGCAAAAGACUUUCAGAUUACUCAACCUAAUGCCCCUUCCUUUGUUAAACAUUCUUCACAAAAUAAUGAAAUAAUAGGAGAAAACAAAGACUUGUUAACCCACAUGAAAAAAAUAAUGUCCAAAUAAUUUAUUAUAUGUACUAUUGUUUUUGGAGCUCUGUACAUGGUUAUCUUGCAUCACAUCAUUAAACUAAUGAAGUGUGCACAGUAUUUUAAAAAGGUCUACAAAUUACCUACCUCUGUUUAAGAAAACAACAAAGUAAAUAAGUUUUGGAGAGACUGUCACAAGUAAAGGAAAUUAAAAUGGCCUGUUGUAGAUAUUUAAUGGCUAAUUUAGACCUUCAUAGUUUUGUAGAUACAGUCUCUCUUCGGACAUAGACAACUAAAGUCAUAUGUUCCUGUCCAAUUUGUUAGUUUAGUAGAGAUCUUGAAAAACAAUGUGUUUUGGUUUGAUAAGAACCCAGGUUUUUUUUUUUUUUUUUUUUUUUUUUUUUUUCUGGCUUUUAUUUUCCCAGAAUAUUUUGAGUUGUAUCAAUCAAAACAAAUAUUUCCAUGCAAUUAGUAAUUGCACUGAGGGUCAUUAUUUAUCUAGUUACAGGGAUUUUACUGUAACUUUCACUCAAGCUUUUUCACAGUAGCCAUACUGCAGGAAAGAAAGGAACAGAAUAAUUAUUUGGGCAAAGUUGAUGUUGAAGAUAACAUCUAAAAUGCAAGAGAGUUCAACCAGAUCAAUCUUAUUCUAAAGCUGCUUUUGUGGUGGUGUUUCUUUGUGGUUUGGUUUGGUGUUGUGAUUGGGGUUUUUGGUUUUGUUUUUUGUUUGGUUGGGUUUUGUUUUCUUUUUUUUUUUUGUAUUUUUGUUGGGGGGGGGUUGUUUGUUUUUGUUUUGUGAUUUGUUUGUUUCUGUUUUUUGUUUUGUUUUUUGGGGGCGCAGGGGGAGGAGUUCUGGUCUAAGCCGAAGUCUAUUGCUGGAUUCCUUAUUUAUCAUGCCGGGGUGGUUAGAUAUGUUUAUUUAAUUCACAGUCUUUACAAAAAUAAAGAUCAUAUUUGCCAUUAAA